AUGGCGUCCGAGGAGCAAAAAUCCCGCCUCAGCGGGUACCAGUACAAGAACAUGAGCACCCUCGUCACCACCGCCGAGCGCUCCCGGUACCGCGAGCACGAGCCCACCGGCGAGGCAGAGUCGCUCGCCGGCCGCAUCGGCACCAAGGACAUGGGCACCCGCGCCUUCCGCGAGGACGUCGACGUCGCCGACAAGCGCAAGCGCGCAGACGAGAAGCGCGAGCGCCGCGACAAGCGCGACGACGCCGCCAACCCGGACAAGAAGAAGCGCGGCACCAUGCCCGGCGGCAUGCGCUACGGCGACGUCCUCGAGGCCACUCAGGACCUCGAAGGUCUCGACUACCGCCCUCGCACGGCCGAGACGCGCGCAGUGUACGAGCUCAUCCGGUCGCAAGUGCACUCGCUCCUCGGCGACACGCCCCCGGCCAUGGUGCGCUCGGCGGCCGACAUGAUCCUCGGCUACCUCAAGGACGACCAGCUGCGCGACCUCGACCGCAAGCGCGAGAUCGAGGCCCUCCUCUCGGCGCCCGUCGCCAAGGACGCGUUCAACCAGCUCGUCACGCUUGGCAAGAAGAUCACCGAAUACGGCGACGACGACGACAACAAGCCCAAGUCGGGCGACAACGACGACGAGGGCGCGCUCGACGCGAGCAAAAUCGACGACGACGUCGGCGUCGCCGUCGUCUUCGAGGAGGAGGAGGAGGACGACGACGACCAGGACGGCGAGGGCUUCGAGGUGCGCGACGACGACGACUCGGACGACGACGAGGACGAGCGCAUCGAGGGCCCGACCGGCACCGGGCCCGACGGCCUCGACACGGCCGACCUCGAGGGCGACGAGACGGUCCUCGUCGGCUCGGGCUCGGGCUCGGGCUCGCGCUCGGCGGCAGCGUCGUCGUCCAAGAAGCGCGCCGACGGCGUCGUGCCCGCGCGCGAGAUCGACGGCUUCUGGCUCCAGCGGCUGUUCGCGUCGCACUACGCCGACCCGGUCGCGGCGGCGCAAAAGACCGAGGCGGCCAUGGCGCUCCUCUCGAGCGAGGGCUCGGCGCGCGACGUCGAGAACGCCCUUAUGGACCUCACCGAGUACGACAAGUUCGAGCUCGUGAGCGCCCUCGUCACCAACCGCGACCGCGUCGUGUGGUGCACCAAGCUCGCGCGCUCGAGCGACGACGAGCGCAUGGACGUCGAGGUCGCCAUGCGCGAGAAGGGCGUCGGCUGGAUCCUCAAGGAGCUCCGAGGCGACUCGGCGUCGUCGAAGCGCGCCGACGGCGACGCCAUGGACGUCGACGCCAAGGUCGCCGCGUCGGGCCCGUCCAAGGGCACCCUCAAGCCGGGCGAGGCGGCGCCGCCGCCGCGCAAGACGGUCGACCUCGAGUCGAUGGCGUUCGCCCAGGGCGGCCGCCUCAUGUCGAACAAGAAGUGCAAGCUCCCCGAGGGCUCGUUCAAGCGCUCCAAGAAGGGCUACGAGGAGGUCCACGUCCCGGCGCCCAAGCCCGCACCGCUCAAGGACGGUGAGCUCGUGCCCGUGUCGAGCCUGCCCGAGUGGGCCCAGGCCGCGUUCAAGGGCAACCCGAACCUGAACCGCGUCCAGAGCCGCCUGUACCCUGUCGCGUUCGGCACCGACGAGCACAUCCUCCUCUGUGCCCCGACCGGCGCCGGCAAGACCAACGUCGCCAUGCUCACGGUCCUCAACGAGCUCGCCAAGCACCGCGACGAGCGCACGGGCGAGUUCGACUUCUCGGCGUUCAAGAUCGUCUACAUCGCGCCCAUGAAGGCGCUCGUCCAGGAGAUGGUCGGCAACUUCCGGUCGCGCCUUGCGCCGUACGGCGUCACGGUCAACGAGCUCACGGGCGACCGUCAGCUCACCAAGGAGCAGAUCUCGGAGACCCAGAUCAUCGUCACGACGCCCGAGAAGUGGGACGUCAUCACGCGCAAGAGCACCGACACGAGCUACACCAACCUCGUCUCGCUCAUCAUUAUCGACGAGAUCCACCUCCUGCACGACGAGCGCGGCCCGGUCCUCGAGGCCAUCGUCGCGCGCACGAUCCGCCGCAUGGAGCAGACGCACAACUACGUCCGCCUCGUCGGCCUGUCGGCGACGCUCCCCAACUUCAAGGACGUCGCGCGCUUCCUCCACGUCGACCCGGACCGCGGCCUGUUCUACUUCGACGCGUCGUACCGCCCGUGUCCGCUCAAGCAGGAGUUCAUCGGCGUCACCGAGAAGAAGGCCAUCAAGCGGUACCAGGUCACGAACGAGAUCUGCUACGAGAAGGUCCUCGAGCACGCCGGCAAGGACCAGAUCAUCAUCUUCGUCCACUCGCGCAAGGAGACGGCCAAGACGGCCAAGUUCCUCCGCGACGCCGCCGUCGACAACGAGACGAUCACCCAGUUCCUGCGCGCCGACCCGGCGACGCGCGAGAUCCUCACGUCCGAGGCCGAGUCGGUCCAGGACCCCAACCUCAAGGACCUCCUCCCGUUCGGCUUUGCGAUCCACCACGCCGGCAUGAACCGCGUCGACCGCACCCUCGUCGAGGACCUGUUCAACGACGGCCGGGUCCAGGUCCUCGUCUCGACCGCGACCCUCGCGUGGGGCGUCAACUUGCCGGCGCACGUCGUCAUCAUCAAGGGCACGCAGAUCUACAACCCGGAAAAGGGCCGCUGGGUCGAGCUCUCGUCGCAGGACGUCCUACAGAUGCUCGGUCGCGCCGGUCGCCCCCAGUACGACACGUUCGGCGAGGGCAUCAUCAUCACCAACCACUCGGAGCUCCAGUACUACCUGUCGAUGAUGAACCAGCAGCUCCCGAUCGAGUCGCAGUUCGUCGCCAAGCUCGCCGACAACCUCAAUGCCGAGAUCGUCCUCGGCACCGUCCGCAACCGUGACGAGGCCGUCCAGUGGCUCGGCUACACGUACCUGUACGUGCGCAUGCUCGGCUCGCCGUCGCUCUACAGCGUCGACCCGAGCUACGGCGAGGACGACCCGCUCCUCGAGCAGAAGCGCGCCGACAUCGUCCACACGGCCGCCGUAAUGCUCGAGAAGUCGGGCCUCAUCCGGUACGACCGCAAGUCGGGCGUCUUCCAGACCAACGAGCUCGGGCGCAUCUCGAGCGGCUUCUACGUCACGCACACGAGCAUGGGCGUGUACAACCAGCACCUCAAGGCGGCCGGCGGCUUUAUCGAGCUCUUCCGCAUCUUCUCGCUGUCCGAGGAGUUCAAGAACGUCCCAGUUCGCCCCGAGGAGAAGCUCGAGCUCGCCAAGCUCCUCGAGCGAGUGCCCAUCCCCGUCAAGGAGUCGGUCGACGACCCGUCGGCCAAGAUCAACGUCCUCCUCCAGGCCUACAUCUCGCAGCUCAAGCUCGACGGGUUCGCCCUCGUCGCCGACAUGGUCUACGUCACCCAGUCGGCCGGCCGUAUCCUGCGCGCCAUGUUCGAGAUCUGCCUCAAGCGAGGCUGGGCCGCCCUGACGCACAAGGCGCUCGCCCUGUGCCAGAUGGUCGAGAAGCGCAUGUGGACGACCAUGACGCCGCUGCGCCAGUUCAAGGGCGUGCCCCUCGACGUCGUCCGUCGUGCCGAGCGCAAGGAGUUCCCGUGGUUCCGGUACUUCGACCUCGAGCCGGCAGAGCUCGGCGAGCUCAUCGGCGAGCCCAAGGCCGGUCGCCUCGUUCACCGCCUCGUCCACCAGUUCCCCAAGCUCGAGCUGCAGGCGCACGUGCAGCCGAUCACGCGGUCGCUCCUCCGCAUCGAGCUCACGAUCACGCCCGACUUCCAGUGGGACGACAAGGUGCACGGCGGCGCCGAGGCGUUCUGGAUCCUCGUCGAGGACGUCGACGGCGAGAUGAUCCUGUUCCACGACCAGUUCAUCCUCCGGCAGCGGUACGCCGAGCAGGACCACUACGUCACGUUCACGGUCCCGAUGCUCGACCCGCUCCCGCCCAACUACUUCAUCUCGGUCGUGUCGGACCGGUGGAUGCACGCCGAGACGCGCCUCCCCCUGUCGUUCAAGCACCUCAUCCUCCCGGACAAGUUCCCGCCGCCGACGACCCUCCUCGACCUCCAGCCCCUGCCCGUGUCGGCCCUGCACAACAAGGAGUUCGAGGCCAUCUACGCCGACUCGAUCGACGCCUUCAACAAGAUCCAGACCCAGGUCUUCCAGGCGCUGUACACGACCGGCGACAACGUGUUCGUCGGCGCGCCGACGGGCUCGGGCAAGACGAUCUGCGCCGAGUUUGCGCUCCUGCGCCUGUGGUCGCAGGCCGAGCCGCAGCGCGCCGUGUGCCUCGAGCCGUUCCAGGACGUCGUCGACGCGCGCGUCGCCGAGUGGCGCGCCAAGUUCGGCCGGGUCCAGGGCGGCAAGGAGAUCCUCGCGCUCACGGGCGAGACGAGCCAGGACCUGCGCCUCCUCGAGAAGGCCGACGUCGUCGUGUGCACGCCGCAGCAGUGGGACCUCCUGUCGCGCCGGUGGAAGCAGCGCAAGAACGUCCAGUCGAUCGGCCUCGUCAUCGCCGACGAGCUGCAGCUCAUCGGCGGCGAGCUCGGUCCGACGUACGAGGUCGUCCUGUCGCGCACGCGGUACGUCGCGGCGCAGACCGAGAACCCGACCCGCAUCGUCGCGUUCGGCGUCUCGCUCGCCAACGCGCGCGACCUCGGCGAGUGGAUGGGCUGCACGGCGCAGACCAUCUUCAACUUUGGGCCGGGCGCCCGUCCGCUCCCGAUGGAGGUCCACCUGCAGUCGUUCAGCACGCCGCACUUUGCGUCGCUCAUGAUCCAGAUGGCCAAGCCGGCGUACCUCGCCAUCGCCGACUACGCCGACGAGCGCCCGGUCCUGUGCUUCGUCCCCUCGCGCAAGCAGUGUCGCGCGACGGCCGACGACAUCCUCACGUACUGCCUCGCCGACCAGGACGAGUCGAGGUUCCUCAACAUCGAGGCGAGCGAGCUCGCGCCGCACCUCGAGCACGUCCAGGACGCCGGCCUGCGCGCGACGCUCGAGCACGGCGUCGGCUUCUACCACGAGGCGCUGUCGAAGCAGGACCGCCGCAUCGUCGAGACGCUGUACUCGUCGGGCGCGAUCCAGGUCGUCGUCGCGAGCAAGGACACGGCGUGGAGCAUGCCCCUGACGGCCUACAUGGUCAUCAUCAUGGGCGUCCAGUCGUUCGAGGGCAAGGAGCACCGCUACGUCGACUACCCGUUCACCGACGUCCUGCAAAUGAUGGGCCGGGCAUGCCGACCGACCCACGACACGUCGUCGCGCUGCGUCCUCAUGUGCCAGCAGGUGCGCAAGGAGUUCUUCAAGAAGUUCCUCAACGAGGGCCUCCCGAUCGAGUCGCACCUGCACCUGUCGCUCCACGACCACUUCAACGCCGAGAUCGUCACCAAGACGAUCGAGAACAAGCAGGACGCCGUCGACUGGCUCACGUGGACGUGGAUGUACCGCCGCCUCGUCGCCAACCCCAACUUUUACAACAUGCAGGGCACGACGCACCGGCACCUGAGCGACCACCUGUCGGAGCUGGUCGAGACGACGCUCGCCGACCUGCAAAACUCGAAGGCGAUCACGGUCGAGGACGAGAUGGACGUGUCGGCGCUCAACCUGGGCAUGAUCGCCGCCUACUACAACAUCAACUACGUCACGGUCGACAUCUUCAGCAUGUCGCUCACCGAGAAGACCAAGCUCAAGGGCCUCCUCGAGAUCGUGUCGUCGGCGCAAGAGUUUGAGAACAUCCCGAUCCGCCACCACGAGGACCAGCUGUUGCGCAAGGUGUACGACCGCGUCCCGGUCAAGCUCGCCAACGUCGACUACGAGUCGCCCCACUUCAAGACGAACGUCCUCCUCCAGGCCCACUUCUCGCGCCUCAACCUCCCCGCCGACCUUGCCGCCGAUCAGGCCGUCAUCCUGUCGCGUGUGCUCAACCUCCUGUCGGCCGCCGUCGACGUCCUGUCGAGCAACGCCUACCUCAACGCCGUGGGCGCCAUGGAGUUGUCCCAGAUGGUCGUCCAGGCCCUCGAGGACACGGACCGCGACAAGCUCCUCCAGCUCGACGCGCGCGCCAUGCGCCGCGUCGCCGCGUUCGCCAACGCCUACCCUGCGCUCGAGAUCACGCACGAGGUCGAGGACGCCGAGGACGCGACGGCCGACUCGCCCAUCACGAUCAAGGUCCAGCUCGAGCGCGACGUCGAAGAGGACGAGGAGGUCGACACGACCGUCGUGGCACCGUUCUUCCCCAAGGGCACGCAAGAGCAAUGGUGGAUCGUCGUGAGCGACCCAACCAAGAAGGCGCUCUACUCGGUCAAGCGCAUCACGUGCGCAAGGAGGCUCGCCGUCAAGCUCGAGGUUUCCCUCCCGGCUGGCCGCCACGACAACCUCAAGCUCCUCGCCAUCUGCUCGUCGUACGUCGGCGCCGACCAGGAGCUCGACAUCGCGCCCAUCACGGUCGCCGAGGCGGCAGACUCGGACGAGGACGACUCGGACGACGCCAUGAGCGAGUGAGCGUCGAGGAGAGAGGGGACGCAGGAGCGGACCAUGUAGAAUCUCUUUUUUAUCGAGCUCCUCUGUAACAGCAGUGACUACAAGCAUCCUUC